GACACCACCCAGGAAGUAAAAGUGAGAAGUUGAACACAGACAUCAACACUGGGUCAGAAGCUCUGAGAGGAGGACUGGGUUCAACGCAGACGAAAAGGAAACCUUAGGAGCAUGAGUGUGGAUUACAUAGAAUAUGAAGAUUACACUCCAGACAAUGACACUGAGCUCAACCUCACCACACCUGGACCCGUCCUCUUCAGCAGAUCCACCUCAUCUCUGACCUCUGUCCUGGUUGGAGUUAAUAUUCUCACAUCUGUGGUGGGGCUGGGGGGAAACUUCUUAGUGAUCUGGAUCUGUGGAUGGAAAAUGAAGCGCUCUGUGAUCUCCGUCUGGUACAUCAGUCUGGCCGUCUCUAACUUCUUGUUCUGCUGCUGCUUGCCUCUGGAGGUCUUCUACAUGCUCACCGUCCACUGGCCGUUCGGGCUGCUCUUGUGCAAGCUGACAUCCUCUGCCCUGUUCCUCAACAUGUACAGCAGUGUUUUCCUGUUGGUCCUGAUCUGCGCCGACCGCUGCCUCAUGGUUUCAUUUCCCGUGUGGUCUCACAACCAUCGGUCUGUGAGCAAAGCCGUGGUUCUGGUGCUUCUGCUGUGGCUCCUGUCUGCCUUCCUAACCCUGCCCUCACUUAUCUACAGACAGACCAAAGUCCACGGCUCCGUCACCCAGUGCUACACAGACUACCGGCUCCACUCACGCCACCAGGUGGUGGCGCUGACCCGCUUCAUCUGGGGCUUCCUGCUUCCGUUCUUGGCCAUAGUUGUGUGCUGCUCGGUGCUGGCGCUGAAGCUCAGACGUCUGACCCUCAGGUCCAAGAAGCCCUACAAGGUCAUGUCGGCGCUCAUCUGCUCCUUCUUCUUCUGCUGGGUCCCGUAUCAUACGUUUGUGCUGCUGGAGUUGGACUAUCAGAACCACAGCCUGGACCUGCUCAAGAACGGGCUGAAGGUCGGAGCCACUCUGGCCGCCGUCAACAGUUUUGUGUCUCCGUUUCUAUAUGUGUUCAUCGGCAACGACUUCAAACAAACUCUGAAACGCUCGUUGGCUUCCAGGAUAGAGGAGGCCAUGGCAGAAGAUCUACGAACAGGGGCUUUGAAUCACUCCAGGUCCAAAUCUAUGGAAAUUACAUAAUUAAAGUUAGACUUCUAAUUUAAGAUUGAUAAAAUAUGUAUUAUCACCCCCCCCCCUCCAAAGGGGAGGCAAGGGUUAUGUUUUUGGUACAGUUUGUUUGUUUACACUUUAGCAGCAAGUCUAUUGGUUGAAUUCAUACCUAACUGCGUUUAUAAAUUACCACUGACCCAGAUAAAUGUAAUUAUAUUUUGGUAUAAGUAGGUCAAAGUUCACAUUUUUAAUGAAUUUGUUUUAAUCUUCUUUUUUUUCCCCAUUUCCUUAUAAUGGGUGAAAUUUCAAAUG